GACAGCUGUCUAGAAUAAUCUGCCCAUGGUGUUUGAAUGCUUCCACAUGGGGGCGGAGGCUGGGGCUCCUGUCCUCCUGGCUAUACGGCCCUGCGCUGUGCGCACACGUGCGUGCGCGGGAACUCGUGCCCCGUGCGUUUGCGCGCGCGCGCGUGUGUGUGUGUGUGUUCGCAGUGUCGCUUAAGUACCCCGGACAGCGCCAUGCGCCACAGACGCACUUCUGCACGCGGAGGAACUUCAUCUGAGCGCUCUCUCUUCCAAUCAGGCUUUUCCCUCAUACAGUUUUAAUUAGUUUCUUCUUUUUUUUUUCUUUUUUUUACCUCUUCCGCAAGUUCACCCUCUCUUUACCCACUUAUUCGGAUUACUACUCUUUUCCUGCCGGGCAUGAAGCAGUAGAGCCGAGAAGCCCUCACGGAGAGGCGGACUACUCUUUCUCUUUCUGUCCUCCUCCUGCCGCCUCCUCCUGCUGGAGCUGGAGAGAUGCCCGGGGCAGGAUGUGCUCCAGCCGCAAGAUCCUGUGGAGCCUGCUCCUGCUGUCCGUGGUGGAGGUGGGCCUGGGUGUGGCGAGCAUCGUCCUGGGAGCCGUGGGCAUCAGCUCACGGAGGGAGCUCAAGACGCAGCAGGGCGAUGCGUCUCCGGUCUGGAGUGGACUCUGUUUCCUGGUCUGUGGGAUGUGUGGAGUGCUGUGCGCUCGAAAGAGGACGGGUCUUAUUAUGAUCCUUUUCUCAGCGUGCUGCAUCUGCGGUCUGAUCGGAGGGAUCCUCAACUUCCAGUUUGUUCGGGCGCUGAACAAACGGCCCGAUUUGACGCCCUCAAUCCACCUGGCUGCCAUGACUCUGGCCUGUCUUGGGAGCACAUCGUGUACCUUAUCCACAUGGCUGACCUGUCGCCUGGCCAGCUCUGAGCAGCAGAGGAUGUUCCUGGAGAGGGAACACUCAUUGCACCAUUCGCAUGAAAUGACAGAGAAGGAGGUCCUGGACAACUCCAGCAACGGCAUUCCCCAGAUCUCCUACAAUGGACACACCGCGGCAUCGCCUUGAUGACGUCUCACCAGAUGCGACCCGCACACGCCAGAACGGAGGCAGCUGCCGAAAUGCUCGCUGUCAGAAAGCAGACACAGCUUCACUCUACAUAUCCUGCAGCUUUUAACUGAACACUGACAGCAGGAAGUGAACCAGGUCCCUCACCUCGGAGCCCUCUCGCCUGCUGGUGGAGUGAGACGUGCGGCGUAGGAGGGCGUUCGUGCUUCUGAAUUAUUAUGCAAACGAGGGUCCGAAGACCCUCUUUUCAGCUUAAACCAAAGCCAGGGUGGUGAGCUGCCGUUCGGGUGACAAACCAGGUGACAGAGACUCUGUGUCAACUUCUGAUCCCUAAACUGAUGAGCAGCAACGAGAACCAUUCUGUCCGACUUCUCAAAGCGAUGAGCACAAACCAAGCAUGCGGCUGAUUCACUUGUUUUGAAGAGCUAAUGCUAUUCCAGUCCUAUUAUCUCUCUCUUGUCUUGUAAUCGGUUUGUGGAAUGAAGAGCCUGAGGUAGCCCACAGUAAACUGUAUCGUCUGACAAUGGAAUGCUUUGACAUGACAAUAAGGUGAUGUGCAAUGUACUGUACUGUAUAUCCAUGCUUGUACAUCAGGUAUCUAUAAAUCAAACAUAUUUUUAUAAUGCUUCUUAUAAAGUGAACUCAAUUAAAGUAUCACUAGUCUGAAAGAUGGA